AUGUGGAAGCAGCCGGCCGGCGACAUCACAGACAUCUGGGACAGACGAGAUUCCUGCAAGCCCUACCUCCCUCCAUCACUACCUCCCUCCCUCCCUCCCUCCCUCCCUCCCUACUUCCCUACCUACCUCCGUCACUACCUCCCUACCUACCUCCCUCCCUACCUCCCUCCCUCCCUACCUCCCUACUUCCCUACCUACCUCCGUCACUACCUCCCUACCUACCUCCCUCCCUCCCUACCUCCCUCCCUCCCUACCCUACCCGCCUACCUCCCUCCAUCACUACCUCCCUCCCUCCCUCCCUACUUCCCUACCUACCUCCAUCACUACCUCCCUACCUACCUCCCUCCCUCCCUCCCUACUUCCCUACCUCCCUCCGUCACUACCUCCCUACCCUACCCGCCUACCUCCCUACCUCCCUCCCUCCCUACCUCCCUACCCUACCCGCCUACCUCCCUACCUCACUACCUCCCUACUUCCCUACCUCCCUCCCUACCUCCCUACCCUACCCGCCUCCCUCCCUACCUCCCUACCCGCCUCCCUACCUCCCUACCUACCCGCCUCCCUACCCCCCCUACCUCCCUAUCAACCUGCCCUCCCUACCUCCCUACCUGA